AUGGCUGAACUUUGGGCGAUAUACUAUAUACUCUCAUAUGCUUGGAAUCUCUAUUUCAAGAAGGUUGAGGUUGAAACGGACUGUUUAAUGGCAGUGGAGGCAACUCAUAAUUCAAGCAUCGGAAGUGCAAGUACAAUCAUCGAGAUGAUUCUUGAGUUGUUGAGUAAGAAUUGGGAAACGAAAAUCAGUUAUAUUGGCCGGGAAGGUAGUAAGUGGCCGACAAACUUGCUUUGCUUGGCCAAGGGAGUUUCGAUAGGAGUGGUGAUCCAUCAAGUUCCUCCCACUGGGGUUGCUGAGUUGGCCAAUCAAGAUCAAGCAUUUAUGUAUUAA